AUGUUGCUUUGGGCUGGUCUUCUGGCCUGUUUGAGUACAGUACUAGCAGUUCCUAUCUUUGCCCCUCUCUACCAGGCAGCUUUUCACGCACCGGUUGCUGUUCAACCUAUUACUUAUCCCAGAUACGUAUUCAACUAUGGAGUAAAAGACCCACAUACAGGAGAUAUUAAGUCACAACAAGAAGAGAGAAAUGGCGAUGUAGUAAGAGGAAGCUAUUCACUAGUGGAACCUGACGGAUCUACGCGCACGGUGACAUACACUGCCGAUGACCAUAAUGGUUUCAAUGCUGUUGUACACAAGACUGGACAUUACACGCACCCUGUUCGGGUCCACACACCUGCACUUCCGCCUGCUGUUCCCUUAGUACCUUCUCUUCCUGUUCCAGCGUUCUUUGGUUAA